UUUAUCCCGACUCGCGAGCGCUGCCUCCCGCGGCCACUUCCGUUCCUGCGCCCCGCGUGUGCUCUUGCCCGCUCCCUUAUCAGUCGAGCCCUUAUCAGUCGCCCGCUUAUCAGCCGCGCGCCGCCGCAGACCGUGACUCCCCGGUGACUUUGCGGCCGGGUCCCCUGCCGGACUCUUAUCUCUCGUCAUCCCUUAUCAGCUAUCAACCCUUAUCAAUAGAUUGCUGUCAAUGUUACAUUGUACAUCAGUUUGACACUGAUUGAACUGGAUAAGCUACAAGACGCGCUCAAAGGCAGUGUUUUUUUACACGGAACUGUAAAUGUUGUGAUCAUUGAUUUCAGACAUUUUAAGACACAAUCAAAUUCAGAAACUUCUGUUAUCAUUACUGGUUCCUCUUAGCAGAGUUAUUCCUUUAAAAAACGAGCUUGGGAGUGGUAUUUUGCUGGACAGAGAUAUUUCCAUCCUGAAUCUGUUAUUAUUGUGCUGUGGUUGUGUUUUCAGACAUUUUUGAGACAUUUUAAACCAUUUUUAAGUCUUAAAUCGAUUGUUAUCACUCCGUGGUGCUUGCGAUAAGAGUGAUCUAUAUUGGUGUCCGUUAAUUUGUUAUCAAAGAACUUUUUCUGCGUGUUGUUGACUGUCCUACGACCUGUAAGGAGUUUUCGUCUAUUGCAAUGCGCGCUUUGCGCUAAGCUGAAGUGAGUGUUUUCCGGAAAGUUUUUGGACCUGCGGACAGAUUUCUACCAUCAUGAGCCCGACGAACAACUGCUACAUCUUGCAGCCCUACCCGGAGGAUCAGCCAAGGUCGAGGACUUUUCAAUAUAGAAAGAUCACGAAACCAAUGCUGGAACGUCGCAGGCGAGCGCGGAUCAACCGAUGCUUGGACGAGCUGAAGGAACUCAUGGUGAAAACCCUGCAGGACAAAGGCGAGAACGUCUCAAAGCUGGAAAAAGCGGACAUCCUGGAACUGACCGUCAACUACCUUUACACCCUCCAAAGCCAGCACGCCUUGGCGCUUACCCCUGAGGCAGCCUACGCGGACCGCUUUCGCGCCGGCUUCACCCACUGUGCGGCCGAGGUGUCGCAGUACCUGGCCGCGGCUAUGAACCCCAGCCCCAGCCCCAACCCCGACGCCAGCCCCCUCGACCAAAGUUCUGGUGUUAAGCUUCUGAAGCACCUAGGAACGUGUAUCCGCACCCUCAGUGCCGAGCAAAUGUCACCGGAGAAGGAUGAAGGCUCGUCUGUUUGGAGGCCUUGGUAGCUGAUAGUCGUUUAAGGGUUGUAUAUUACUUCGAGACCUGGAGGUAUCGUUGGUAAAUGCUGUGCUGAGAGUGGCGCUGUAGGGUUUAGGUUAGGUUUUCGCUACCGUUUUGAUAAAUGUGUGGUCAGUGGCGAUCUUGAAAGUGGCAACGCUGUUUUUCAUCCAUUUAAAUCAUGUAAAACAAUCGAUUCUUGGUAAAGCACACCUAAAUUGAUAUUUUCAAUAGGUUUUUAUGGAGAAAAACAUUCUUGCCAACUUGCAAAAUAGCCACUAUGUCUGGUCCAUUUCCAAUUCUUACAAAACUAUUUUUUCUCCAUUAAAUGUAGGUAGAACAAUCGAUUCUUGGUGAAACAACCUAAACUGUCGCUUAGAAAACCUUUGAUCACCUUGAAUAAUCGAUCAUUUUAAUAGAUUUAAAAGGAAAGAACGGUGUUACCAACUUGCUAGAAUCAACUCUGCACUGGUAAACAAAAAUUUUGUCGCCUACGCGUUAGGACUUGUCAUUACGGGGUUUUGCUCUUUGAUUCAGCUCUUUUUGUCUCUAUCAUUUCAAAGUUUUUCCAGGGGAUAAAAUUUUCCAGGAAAUUUCGAUUCCUCUGAAAAUUGGUGCAUGCUGGGAGGAAACACAGGUUACUUUUGGAUUCAGCAGCAAAAAUGUCAAGGAGUGCACCAAUGAUAAAUGUCCAAAAUGUGUAUGUAAUUUUUUUUUUCGGAAUCUCAGAUCACCUAAAAAAUGUAUGGUUGAAGUUUAGGUACAACAUAGCUAGUAAAUGAAAGCUAAAUGAAAAACCAAAAUCUGUGUACCAUCCUGGAACCAACUCACGCGUAUGUUGAGAACAAAAUCUAGAGUAUUCUAGAGGAUCAGUUUAGACUAAUGGCGCGCCUUCAAUUACUCUAGCCAGCAACACGCAUGUCAUCUGCGAAGAAUUACAUAGACUAUCAGUGUCGAAGGCAUUUUUAAGUGGCUUACCUUACUCAUGCUAGUAUCGCGAUACCUUCAGGUCUUACGUGAAAAAGCUCUAGGGAGCGUGGAUGAGAACUUUGUGCAAAAUCAUCCUACAAUGUGAAAAAAAUUCUUAAUUUUUACAUAUGGAACAUUCUAAAUCGGCACUUAAUUUGAAAUCCACUCUCCUAUGAGUGUAAAUUUGCUGUGAUUUAUUUUAGUUGUUUACAUAAAUUCUUAAUUUUAUUUUUGUAGAAAUUACUUACACUUCCGAGUGCACAGGAAGUGAAAAUUCAUUUGUUUUAGUUUUAUUAGAUACUCUCUUUACACAACAUGAUCUUGGUACAUAAUUCCUUCUUCUUUUGGUGCCUUCGUUGAGUAUGCACAGGGUUUCUGGAAGAAAAAAAAGCAGAGUAGCGAUCCAGGAAGACUUAAGCCGUCGACUAAGUUUCAAUCUUCCAAUUUUUUAUGAACACCCGCCUAUGUCUUUCACAUUUUCCUCUUAUGUUUUAAUUUGGUUAAGAAUUGUUAAGUACUUACACAGUUGGUAUCUAGAACGUGUUAUCUGUUAUUUGGAAAUGAAAUAUUCUGAGAAUGCCAAAAGUUUCGUUUUAUGUUGAAAUUUGUUUUUCUUUACUAAAAAUGUAUUUAAGGUUCGGGGUUAUUCUACUUUUUUGAUGCUUCCUAUAAAUUAACUCUUAUAUACUUGGAAAUGAUUGAGUUUCUCUAUGAUGAAUGACUAAAAUACAUCUGUCUUCGUAAAAAUAGUACUGUUUACCGUAAUAAAAAUCUUUGUCCGAGCAAUUUUCUAAUUGAUAAGUUUGAUGUUAAAAUUUUCAAGGUGGUAAUCUCUAUAAAAUUAUUAUUACAAUUGGUUGUCAUGUAUCGAAAUAAAAAAUCUACCGUUUAAAGCAGAAGACAGGGUUUAAUUAUAACUAUUCUCAAUUUUUUUACAGGUUUCUCUUAUUAACAAAAAAAUAAUGUACCUUUAAUCCAUUCAAUCUUCCACUUAAGAUUAUAUUUGUGUCGUACCUGAGAAUUAAUGGAUUUAUACAACAAAACCUCUUAAUUGUCACCUUUUGAGCGCAAACACCUUUUUCCUCACAAUUGGCGGAAAUUUCGGUGCUGUUCUUGGUUAAACACAACUAGUGUUCUUCCAGUAAUUUUUAAAAAUAAUGUAAUUCACAAAGGAUCCUUGAAAUUCUCUCUUCAUUUGAUUGUGUGCACAUUGAUUACUAACAAUCGUAUCAAUGCAUACUAUAAUCUUACAUGUCUUUAAAUUUUUGUUUUAUUACGUUUGCAACCUUUUACACGCUUAACAGUGCAUUCGAAAAGUAUUAAAGCGAGCUUAAGUUUUUGGAAGAUAUCAAGAAAUGUUUUUGUUAUUCAAACUCAUUUUAAUAUCCCCAUUUGGUAUGUUUUUCUUGUACUUGUAAGAGUAAGCAGAAUCAAAUAGUCGAAAUUGUAUCCAUCUAUCGACGUCUUCCUUGUUCAGAAAUAUUAUGUUCUCAAAUAUUUAGUUUGAUUUUGUCAUGUUAAGUGUAACAUUUGAAAUUUUAGUGCGCUUAUAUUACUUACUCCAGAUAAAAACUUCCUCUCUAGUUGAGUUUAAAAUACUUUAAGUUUUCUAUUAGUGUACAUUUGUAAAUUUCCAAAAGAUAAUUUAUUUUGAAACUUGAAGCAAAAAAUUUAUUCGUUAUUAUAUUGGUUUUUCUUUGAAAUUUUUAACAUUUAUAUUGCCUAAGUUUGGGGGUAGUCUUUAUUUUGUGGAGAUUUGCCACUAUAUUUACGUAUUUGUGACUUAGCCUUCUUUUGGACACGUUUAUAACUACAAUAAAACAAAUGAGAAUACUAA